CGCAAUUAUCAAUUUCCGGGACAUCCUUCGCUUCCUGUGAUACAUGAUUUUGCGGCAGACGAUUUGUCUUUGAAAUGCCUUGUUUUAAAGUUAGUGUCAAAUGGGGAAAAGAAAAGUUCAGCGAUAUUGAAUGCAACACUGAUGAACCUCCUGUUGUCUUUAAAGCACAGCUGUUCGCCUUAUCAGGCGUUCAGCCUGAUCGACAGAAAGUAAUGGUGAAAGGAUCAGUUUUGAAGGAUGAUGACUGGGGAAGUCUGAAGUUAAAAGAUGGAGCAACACUUCUUAUGAUGGGAACAGCUGAUGAGCUACCGAAGGAGCCGUCCGAGAGACCCACUUUCAUGGAAGACAUGACGGAGCAGCAGUUGGCUACUGCGCUUGCUUUGCCAUCUGGUCUGACUAAUCUUGGGAACACAUGUUACAUGAAUAGUGUUGUUCAGUGGUUGAGGGCUAUACCUGAACUGAAAGAUGCUCUCAAGACAUACUCCGGUGGUCUUACUGUUGGUGGUGCUAUUGCCCCAGCUGAUUCUAUAACUGCAGCCCUAAGGGAUCUGUAUAAUUCCAUGGACCGUUCUGGAGCUUCCAUUCCGCCCAUAAUAUUUCUGCAAGUUCUACACAUGGCUUUCCCACGCUUUGCAGAAAAGGGCGAACAUGGGGGAUUUCAACAACAGGAUGCCAAUGAAUGUUGGACAGAAAUUGUUCGAAGCCUACAGCAGAAAUUACCAGCACAGAAGUUGGAAGGAACUCCAUCAUCUAGCAGCUUCAUUGACCAGUAUUUGGGAGGAGAGUUUGAAGUUGUAAUGAAGUGCAAUGAAGCUGCAGAAGAGCCAGAAACACGUUCUACAGAAAAGUUCUUACAGCUUAGCUGUUUUAUAGAAAAAGAGGUGAAGUACAUGCAAACAGGUUUAAAAUCUAGGUUAGAAGAAACGAUAACAAAAUAUUCCCCCACGCUAGAAAGAGAUUCUGUUUACACCAAGUCGAGUAAAAUCAAGAGAUUGCCAGCAUAUCUGGCAAUACAGUUUGUACGCUUUUAUUUCAAGGAGAAGGAGGCCAUCAAUGCAAAAAUUCUAAAGGAUGUGAAAUUCCAGUUAAAUCUGGACGUCUUUGAUUUGUGUACAGACGAGCUACAGAAAAAGCUUAUUCCAAUGAGAGACCGUUUUAAGGAAAGAGAAGAUCGUGAGCUAGUAAAGAUGGAGCAGGCAAAUGCAAAAGGCCAAAAAGCUGUUGUGAAAACAGAAAAAGACACUCUGAAAAAUUAUGAACCUUUCUCUUUUCCUGAUGAUGUAGGUUCCUCCAACAGUGGCUUCUACGAACUGAAAGCUGUCCUCACACACAAGGGCAGGUCCAGCUCCAGUGGUCAUUAUGUGUCCUGGGUUCGCAAGACUGGAGAUGAGUGGUUGAUGUUUGAUGAUGACAAUGUUUCACCAGUGACAUCAGAAGAUAUUUUGAAACUAUCAGGGGGAGGUGACUGGCAUUGUGCAUAUGUUCUGUUGUACGCUACAAAACGAUUAGAGAUUGAAGACACUACAGUGACUAUGGAAACGAGCUGAUCUAUUCAUCACUUGUACAUUGACUGUAAUUGUGAAAGAAAUUCAUGAGCUUGACAAAUGAUUUUUUUUUUUUUUGAAAAUUAUUGGUGCAACUGUUUGUCAAAUAACAUCAAGCUAUUAUUAUUACACCAACUUUGUUAUUAAUUUGAUGUCCGAAUUUCUUAUCCACAUGAUACACAAGUAGGAGGGAGGGAGGUGGGGGCGCUGUUGGGAAGCACAUUCACUGCACUAUGGUUAAUAGUGUUCAAAAACUUUGGUUUUCUUAUAAAGGAAAAACAUUUUAAAGGAAUCAUGUUCAUGGUUCAGAGAGUACUUACUUCCUCAUCGCCCUCACCCCACAUGAGCUAGUCUUUUGAAAUUUGUAUGUGGAGGCACAUACAAGAAUUUGAAAAUAGAGGGACGUGCAAAAUGUUUAAUGCGUGUGUGUGCAAUUCACAUGAUACUCAAGUUGAUUACCCUUCAUAUUGCCCAAAUAUGUCGGACCUUGUUAGAACGACCAUCGUUACUAUGACAUUUACACAUCUGACCACAAAUUGUUGGGAACAAAUGUACAUCAAUGUUAUUCUGUUCAUUACACCAGAAUUCACACCUUCCGGCAGAGCAAAUUAGGAAUAAAUGUGCAACAUAUAUUUUUUUCAUUUAAAAAGUGGUGUGUGUAUGUUACUGUGGCAUGAAGUUGUUUACACAAUGUUGGGAAUCAGAAUUUCAUCAUGAAUAGAUCAUUGGUUAAAAUCGGUUGGCGCCAACCCAUCAACUUUCAAUUACACAAUUGGUUAGAAUUAUAUGAACCUAAGAAUCAUUAAUUUUGAAUUAUAAGGACUAUUCACCUAUUGUCAUGUACACUUUACAAACGGAUAAUUUUACCUUUAUUAACUUUUUAAUAUUUUGUUUGUUUGUUGUAUUCACAUGAAAACAAACCCAGCAUAUUUUCAUCAAUUCCAUCAUCUAAACUGGAUGAACAAAUGCUGUUAACAUUUUCCCACACAAUUGAUUAUGGAUGUUUGUAAUCGAUCAUCACAUUGGUGGAGCCAAAGUGAUAAUUUUCUAUUAUAAUCGAUCACUGGAACAUUGCUAUUACACAUACAUUUCGGCAGCGAUCACUGGAACAUUGCUAUUACACAUACAUUUCGGCAGCGAUCACUGGAACAUUGCUAUUACACAUACAUUUCGGCAGCGAUCACUGGAACAUUGCUAUUACACAUACAUUUCGGCAGCGAUCACUGGAACAUUGCUAUUACACAUACAUGUCGGCAGCGAUCACUGGAACAUUGCUAUUACACAUACAUUUCGGCAGCGAUCACUGGAACAUUGCUAUUACACAUACAUGUCGGCAGCGAUCACUGGAACAUUGCUAUUACACAUACAUUUCGGCAGCGAUCACUGGAACAUUGCUAUUACACAUACAUGUCGGCAGCGAUCACUGGAACAUUGCUAUUACACAUACAUUUCGGCAGCGAUCACUGGAACAUUGCUAUUACACAUACAUUUCGGCAGCGAUCACUGGAACAUUGCUAUUACACAUACAUUUCGGCAGCCAGGACCACACCACGUAUUGUGGUCUUUUACAUGUCAUAAGGAAUUGUUGAAUCAGUAAUCGAGUAUAAAGAGAAUCUAUCAUGGCUAUCUAUUGGAGAUUGGGAAAUGUCAGCCCGAGAAACAAUACAGUUGUAUUUGGAGGGAUUACCCUGUCUCGUUUAGAGAGUAGUUGAUGGAUUGGCUACCCAUCUGUAUACAUAUGUAUAAAUUUAGUUUUUGGGAAAACUCCCAACAAAAUAGAAACAAAAAGUUGACAAAUGCUUGAUACAUAAAACAAUUUUUUUAAAUGUAUGAUGUCAAACAACUCAUCUUUGAAACGGGUGAUCGAAUUCCAGCACAUUAUUUCCAUGUCUUACCUAGAGAAGAGACAGAAUAAUCUAUUGCCACUCAAAACUUGAUUAUAUCUGGCAAAGGAUAUAGAAGUUAAUGUGUCACUACAUAACCUGUACAUCAAUUCUACAAAGUUGUGUCCCUCUGUUAAUGCUUUACCAUAUCUGUAUUGCAUAAUAAAUGAAUUGCUUGCCA